CCACCCACCGCCCUGUAACACAGCUCCUGCUGCUCUUGCAUAUAUAGAUAGGUAUGGCCCUACACCUGGCUGCACACACCAGAGCCCGGACCCAGAGCAACCCUAAACCUUCUUCCUCCCUGGCUGACCUCCACCUGCCCCCACCAUGAAGAAGGAAAUACUAACCCUGGCCUUUGCUCGAGCCGUCUUCGUGGAGUUCCUCUCCACGCUCAUCUUCGUCUUCAUCGGGCUGGGCUCGGCGCUGAAGUGGCCGUCGGCGCUGCCCAGCAUCCUGCAGAUCGCGCUGGCCUUCGGGCUGGCCAUCGGCACCCUGGUGCAAGCCUUCGGCCACAUCAGCGGCGCGCACAUCAACCCGGCCGUGACCAUCGCCUUCUUCGUGGGCAACCAGAUCUCGCUGCUGCGCACGCUGCUCUACGUGCUGGCCCAGCUGGUCGGGGCCAUCGCGGGCGCGGGGAUCCUGUACGGCGUCACCCCGGCCAACACCCGCGGCAACCUGGCCAUCAACGCCAUCAACACCAACGUGACCCCAGGCCAGGCCCUGGUGGUGGAGAUCAUCCUCACCUUCCAGCUGGCCGCCUGCAUCUUCGCAUCCACCGACAACCGGCGCAGCGGCGUCGGCUCCCCCGCGCUCUCCAUCGGCCUCUCGGUCACCGUGGGCCACCUGGUGGGGAUUUACUUCACCGGCUGCUCCAUGAACCCUGCGCGCUCCUUCGGGCCCGCGGUCGUCACCAGGAGGUUCAGCCCCGCGCACUGGGUGGGGUGGGUUGGCCCAGGGAGUCUCUGACGGGCGUUUUCCUUGCUCUACUUCUACAUCCUGGUGCCCUACUGCAUGAACAUGUCCGACAGGGUGGCCAUCAUCAAGGGCACCUACGAGUCCGAGGAGGAGUGGGAGGAGCAGCGGGAGGAGAGGAAGAAGUCCAUGGAGCUGACCCCGCCGUAGGGCGGCCGGAGCGCCCAGCUGAGGGAGGGGGCAGCCCCACACGAGCCCCCUGUGCCCCAAAGCCAAGGCCGGGCCGUGCCCGCAGCAGCUGCAGCUCAGACUCUCGUCCAGACCUCCCCGGGGGCGCAGGGGGGGCCUGUGAAGAACCCCUGCAUGAGCUCUAGAACCUCUCCAGCUUCCCCGCAGCCACAAAGCCCUGGCUCCGACCCUGCACCACGGCCCCGCCCGCAGGACCUCACCUGGCCCAGGUGUGGGAGCACCUGGGGGAAGGAACCGCUUAGGGCCGGGGGCGCGGCCACCCCCCAGCCCAGGGGCUGCUCGUAGAUGCUCUUUCGCCUUUCCUGGUGCUGGGAGUCCUUUUUAUUCCCAAAGAACGAGAGGUUUUCGGAUUCUGCGUUGAGAUCUUUGUAUUAUAG